AUGUCUGACCGGAAUACAUCUGGCCAACCCAAUGGCGCCAAAGAAUCCGUCUCCAAAACCGACCAUCGGGAUGAUCUUUCCGACGAGAAGGUCCAGGUAGCGCAAUGCGUCGAGAACGCCGUCCCUGGCGAUGCCCCUGUCGCCCCCGUGGAAAUACAGGCCCGGUUUGGGCUCCUCCGUCACCUCUCGCCCUCCGAGAUGGAGGUCCUCAACAAACGCGUUCGCAGCAAGAUCGACUGGCACAUGAUGCCUUGCGUCACCCUCAUGUUUCUGAUGAAUUACCUGGAUCGCAUCAACGUGUCCAAUGCUCGACUCGCAGGCCUUCAGGAGGAUCUUAACAUGUCCGACACGGUUUGGAAUGCUGGAAUAUCGGCCUUUUAUGUCGGAUAUCUCGUUGGACAGUUGCCUGGAAACCUCAUAAUGGCCAAGACGAACCCACGAAUAUUCCUCCCGACCAUUAUGCUCAUGUGGAGCGCCGGCACAAUUUGCAUGCCUGCAAUGACAAACGGCGCGGGCUUUUGCGUAGUGCGCUUCUUCAUCGGGUUGACCGAGGCACCCUUCUUCCCAGGUCUCACGCUGAUGACCUCGUCCUGGUAUACCAAAGAAGAAAGCCCGCUGCGAAUGGCUAUCUGGCAUGCGGGGAACACAAUCUCGAACAUCAUAUCGGGCUUUUUAGCUGCCGGCAUUCUCGAGCAUAUGGACGGUAUUGCAGGGUUGCACGCAUGGCAGUGGUUCUUCCUCAUUGAGGGAAUCGUUUCGAUCCUGGCCGCCUUGGCUUCGUACGCGUUUCUACCUUCUUGGCCUCACGACACGCGCUUUCUCACAGAUGAGGAGCGAGAAAUGGCCCAGUAUCGAAUCCUCGUCUCAAACGGUGGCAUUGAUGAGGGUAUUGGUGGGACAUGGGACGGUGUCAGGGAUGCUGUCAAGGAUCCUUUCACCUGGUUCUUUUGCCUCAUGCACUUCGCACUCGUCACUGCGCAAAGCUUCAAGGACUUUUUGCCUUCGAUCAUGAAUACCUUUGGCUUCAACAAGAUGACGACUUACCUCAUCCAAGCUCCGCCAUACGCCAUCGCUUACAUCGUAGCCUGCGCCCUCGCCUGGUCCUGCGGACAUUUUAUGGAAUCUACUUGGCAUGUAAUCGUUCCCAUCAUCUUCGCUGCUGGUGGAUGUGGUAUUCUCAUCAGCACCAUCAAUGUGGCGGCGCGGUACAUCGGCAUCACUCUCCUCGUAGUUGGUACCUACAACGGUCUCAACUUGCAACUCUCGUGGGAGACGACAGUGGUGCCCGCCCCACGAGCUAAGAAGGCAGCUCUUAUUGCAAUUGCCAACUGCAUCAGUCAAGUCAGCCACUGGUUUAGCCCUUACUUCUAUCCAAGGAGCCAGGAGCCGUUUUACCGCAUGGCCGGUGGACUAUUGCUCCUGGGGUGCGCAUUGACUGUUGUGUCGGCCCUGCUGGUGAGGUGGAGGGCGAGGAAGCUGAAUAAGGAGCUGGAUGAACGUGAGGGCUGGUCAGAGAACUCUGGUGUCGAGCGUGGAUGGAGGUACAAGUAUUGA